ACCACCAAGUUGAGUUGAAUUGAACUCAUCAACACAAGUAGUAUAUACCAUUAUCAAAGCUCAAAAAUCAAACUUACAUUUUAAAAACCUUUAAUUCUUCGCUCAAUCACCAUGUCGGACAAGUGCGGUAACUGCGACUGUGCUGACAAGACCCAGUGUGUGAAGAAGGGAAGCAGCUACAGUCUCGUUAUUGUCGAGGCUGAGAAGAGGUACCUACAUGGAGACCAUGGUGAUGGAUGGUCCCUCAGCUGAGAACGACGGAAAGUGCAAGUGCGGUACUAGCUGCACUUGCACAAACUGCACCUGUGGUCAUUAAGCACAUGGUCAAAUAACAAUAUUGUGUGUUGUUCAGAUGUUAAACUUGUGUUUGUUUAUCGUGUCUCUUCUGAAGAUAUAUGCAUGUGUUGUGUGUCUUCAGUUUUUACUAUGUUUAUUGUUUCCCUUUGUUUCGAUCUGUGGCCUAUAGUGUAA